AAGAAGAGGACUGAUUACACACCACAUUUGUAUCACACGAACGAGCCAGGGACACGACGAUGAGGUUCGGCGAUGGCGACGCGGCGGCGGUGAACACCGCCGGACAGGCCGCGCGGAUGGUGUGGGAGGAAUCGAAGAAGCUGUGGUUCAUCGCCACGCCCAUCGCCAUCAGCAUCCUCAGCUUGUAUGCUGUGGGAUCCGUCACCACCAUCUUCGUCGGCCACCUCGGCAACCUGCCCCUGGCCGCCGCCUCCAUCGGUAUCGCCGUCUUCGCGACCUUCGCGUUCGGAUUCAUGCUGGGCAUGGGGAGCGCGCUGGAGACGCUGUGCGGGCAGGCGUUCGGCGCCGGCCAGGUGGCCAUGCUCGGCGUGUACCUGCAGCGCUCCUGGAUCGUCCUGGCGGUCGCCGGGAUCCUCAUGGUUCCCCUUUACGUCUUCGCCGAGCCGCUUCUCCUCGCCAUUGGCCAGGACCCGGACGUGGCGCGCGAGGCAGGACGCUUCGCGCUCUACAUCCUCCCCGGCUGCUUGUCCUACGCCGUCAACUUUCCCACUGCCAAGUUCCUCCAGGCGCAGAGCAAGGUCAUGGUGCUCGCCUGGAUCGGCGUCGCCGGACUCUUCUUCCACAUCGGGCUCAGCUACUUCCUAGUCACCGUCCUCGAAUGGGGAUUGCCGGGCGCCGCCGCCGCAUACGACCUGUCGCUCUGGGCCGUCGCGCUGGCCCAGGCGGCCUACAUCAUCGGCUGGUGCAAGGACGGCUGGAGGGGAUGGUCCAUGGCGGCAUUCCACGACAUGUGGGCGUUCGUCAAGCUCUCGCUCGAGUCCGCAGUCAUGCUCUGCCUCGAGGUUUGGUACCUCAGCAUGAUCACCGUCCUCACUGGCCAUCUCCAGGACGCGCAGAUGGCCGUCGACUCGCUAGGCAUCUGCAUGAACGUAGACGGAUGGGAGGUUACUAUCUUCAUGGGCCUCAAUGCUGCUAUCAGUGUUCGUGUCUCCAAUGAACUGGGUUCUGGCCGACCAAGGGCAGCUCUACACGCCGUCAUCGUCGUCGUCGUCGAGUCCCUGCUCAUCGGCCUACUAUGCAUGGUUCUCGUCUUGACCUUAAGAGAUAAAUUCUCCAUCCUCUACACUAGCGAUUUGCCGCUCCAGCACGCCGUCUCCAGGAUUGCAGGACUCCUCGGUGUGACCAUGGUGCUCAACAGCGUGCAGCAGGUGAUUUCAGGGGUUGCUAUUGGGGGAGGAUGGCAAGGCCUUGUGGCAUACAUCAACCUUGGCUGCUACUACGCCUUCGGAUUGCCCUUGGGCUACCUUCUCGGCUACAAGUUUGACUACGGAGUUGGGGGGAUCUGGGCCGGCUUGCUUUGCGGGGUUGCACUUCAGACAGUGAUUUUACUCUUCGUAGUAUGGAGAACCGAUUGGAACAAAGAGGCAGAGCUAGCUUCGAGUCAUGUGCAACGGUGGGGUGGUACCGACGGAAACCAGCCUCUCCUGGAAGAUAAUUACGCCACCUAAGCAUCUUUUAUCUUACCAAAUGUUCUAGAUAUUUUGAGUAUGAAGAUAUCAUUGUAAUUUUUUUAGUUUCAACAGAUCAUGGAACACAUCUUGAAAAUGUUGAAUUACUAAACUAUGUAUCAUUAGGAUCCUGAAUAUUUCGCCGCAUCUUUGUAUGUGGAUGCCAAGAAGUUUUAUCUAUUCUCUGAAAAAAAAUCACCAUUCACGUGAA